UUUCUGUGCUGUCCUUUUGAGUUCACGAAGAACUUUAUUUAGAAAAAUGCGGCUGACCGGAAAACGCUCAUGACAUCCGGGGAACGAGGAUAAACUAGCUAAGCUUGCAGGUUAAUGUGUUUACUAAUAUAGAGAAGGGAGGAUGAGCAGCUCAGAGGAGGUGUCCUGGAUAUCCUGGUUCUGUGGACUCAGAGGCAAUGAGUUCUUUUGUGAGGUUGAUGAAGACUACAUACAGGACAAGUUUAACCUGACCGGUUUGAAUGAGCAGGUGCCUCACUACCGCCAGGCUUUGGACAUGAUUCUUGACCUGGAGCCAGAUGAGGAGCUGGAAGAUAACCCAAAUCAGAGUGACUUGAUAGAGCAGGCGGCGGAGAUGCUCUACGGGCUCAUACACGCACGCUACAUCCUCACAAACAGAGGCAUUGCACAAAUGUUGGAGAAAUAUCAACAAGGGGAUUUCGGCUAUUGCCCUAGAGUCUAUUGUGAGAAUCAGCCAAUGCUUCCUAUUGGUUUGUCAGACAUCCCUGGAGAAGCAAUGGUGAAGCUUUAUUGCCCAAAGUGUAUGGAUGUUUACACACCCAAAUCCUCCAGACACCACCACACAGAUGGAGCAUAUUUUGGGACAGGGUUCCCCCACAUGCUGUUCAUGGUGCAUCCAGAGUACCGUCCAAAGCGACCAGCCAACCAGUUUGUGCCAAGGCUAUAUGGUUUCAAAAUUCACCCAAUGGCUUAUCAACUCCAACUUCAGGCCGCAUCAAGUUUCAAGAGCCCAGUCAAAACAAUUCGCUAGAACGCCGCCCGACGAACACAGUGGACUUAAAGACUUUUUGUUUACUACUUGUUUGAAAGAAUGAAUAAUAUAUUCCAAAUAAAUGCCUGUACAGUUUCCCAAACGUGUAUAGACACUUAGAUUCAGACAUUUCCUCUUAUUUAGUGAAACACUGUUACAGUUGAGCAGAUUUUUAACGUUUAAUUAUUACAAACUGGUCAAUCUCCUUUUUAGAGUUUAACAUUAAUUGAUGUCAAUUCAUUUUUUCAAAUGUUAUGAUUUUCACAGAAAUCUAAAGUGUCUUUGACUCUGAUCAUUUCAACAUUAAAUCCAGACAAAUCAUUAACUUGUUUGUUAAUAUGAACAGGAGGUAUUUUCAAGAAACAAUAGCAAAUGGGAAGUAGAAUGUAUCUUAAAAAAAGGACAUUCUGGAUUUCAAUUGUUCCGUUAAUUUUCCUUCAUAUUCAGUGGUUUUAUUAUACAUGUUCUUCAGUCAACUGUAACAAUGUUUUCCUGAUCCUGUUUUAGUUGUUGGAUGUUUACAUUACAAUCUGGACAGAUUUUUUUUUCAAGAGUUUGGAGUUGAUUAAACAUGCAGCAAAAUCUACAGUGGAGACAGUGAAUGGCAUUAAAUAUGUAUUUCCUACCAAAAUAUUUUAAGUUGUAUGCUACACAUAUGAACUUGUAUGCUACAUAUGAAGAAUGCCAAAUAAAAUGCAAAAUUAUG